CACAGAGUUUGCACUUUACUCUGAUUUACUCUGCUGAUCCGACUAAUGUGUUUGUUAUGCUAUGCAUAAGUUUGUUAUGCUACUUGUUUGCAUUGUAUUGUCUGUAUGCAGCCGUCUUUGAGUGGAGACACCAAUGGAGCUGGAGGGGCAGUGGUGGAAAGGGGAGCUUGCAGAGGACAUCUAUCAGGCCCUGCGUUACAAAGAGCUGCGGUUGCCUACAUACAAAGGCCAGUCCCCACAGCUCAGCCUUAGACGAUAUUUUGCAGACCUCAUUGCAAUAGUGAGCAAUCGGUUCAAGCUGUGCCCAGCAGCCAGACAUUUGGCUGUUUACCUGUUGGACCUGUUUAUGGACCGCCAUGACAUUUCUGUUCAGCAGCUCCACAUGGUGGCGCUGUCCUGCUUGCUUUUGGCCAGUAAGUUUGAGGAUAGAGAAGAUUGCGUGCCGAAGCUGGAGACACUGAACAGCCUCGGCUGCAUGAGCUCCAUGAAUCUGGUUCUGACCAAACAGGCUCUCCUGCACAUGGAGCUGCUGCUACUCAAGACGUUUCAGUGGAACCUGUACCUCCCUACGGCCGCUCACUUCAUAGAAUACUACCUGCCAGUUGCCAUGAACGAGACGGACCUUCAUGAUGGCUUGCCGAUGGCGUGUAUGGAGAAGAGCAUGAUGUACAUGUCCAAAUAUGCAGAUUACUUCUUGGAGGUUUCUCUACAAGAUCAUGCAUUUCUGCGAUUCGUCCCAUCUUUGGUCGCUGCGGCAUGUGUGGUGGCUUCUCGAGUAAUCUUGCGAUUGUCUCCUACCUGGUCGCCCCGCCUGCAGCGCCUGUCAGCGUACACUUGGGAGCAGCUGUUGUCCUGCGUGGAGAGACUUCUAAUUGCUCACGAAAGUGAUGUAAAGGAAGCGAACAAGCAGAAAUGCCAGCAGACAAGUAUUCGGUCAGCCCAGACGGUGUACCCCAUCCCGCAUCAGUACAUGCAGCAGCCAAACUCGCAGUAUGUCCAGCAGAACUGCCAGCCGGUGAUUGUGUCUGCUCCGAGACAUAAUACUUACCUGACCCAUGCCACCUCAAUGCAGGUCUCCAUGGCCCCUCUGCAUGAGCCUGGGCAGCCCCAAACAAUGUGUGCACCAAUGGAUGCUGAAGUGAACAUGCCCAGUAGAGUGUACCAGGUGAAUGCUCUGUACCCCUGUACAGCUCCCUGCUUCCACAGGUGAUUGAGCGGACAUGACGCGGAUGCCCUUAAAGGGAUAGUUCACCCAAAACUGACAGAAUUUGUAGAUUUUCAGUGAACUCUUCCUUUGAAUAUUACUUGAUCUGACACACGUGAACUGCUGAAUUCGGUCUUUUUAAUUGAAAUGAUCCGGGUGAAAACUACAAAGCGUUAGAUCGCUGUAAAGUUGAUAAUGUGGUGUGGUGUGAGCCGAAAUGUGCAAUAUUAAGAAGCUGUCAUGCAUUACCCACUGCAUACUACCUCAUGGUGUUUCAUUUAUUGUGUUAAGUUUACUUAAUAGAUGAGUAUUAUUUACAGGCAUGUUACAUAAAUGAAAACGUCAUGAGUUUGAAGUUACUUUGAGGUUUUAUUAACACAAGAAAUUUGCAAGUGUUAAUUUGCUCUUCCUCAUUGAAUGUAGACUAUUAUUGUCCCGCAAACUUAAAAAUGCAC